UCCGCUUGCUCCAAGUACAACACUGAAGAAUUCUGCUGCUCUGGAUCCCACAACACUCCUGAUACUUGCCCUCCCAACAAGUUCAGCAAGGCUGUCAAGGACUCAUGUCCCGAUGCUUAUUCAUAUGCCUACGAUGACAAGAAGAGCACUUACAUGUGCCAAUCCGAAGGCUACACUGUUACUUUCUGCCCCAAGUAA